UAUCGCCGCCGUCGUUCACCAUGACACCUCCGACGCCAGAGUGCAACGUCGAAGUCCGUCCAUCAGCGAUCGCAGGCAACGGACUCUUCGCAACCAAGGACAUACCAACAGGCUCUACGAUUCUGCUUAAAGCUCGCCCUUUGAUUGGCGAACUGGAUUUGGCACGGUCACAGGAUUCUUGCGGCAAUUGUUUUCUGUUUUCGCAGAAGGCCGUCCGGACAUGUCCUAUCCAUAUCACAGAAGCCGAUCGCUUGGGUCGGUAUCCUGAUUGUUCUGGCUGUCAAUCCGAGGGCGAAGUAUUUGCUGUUAAGGCUUGUACGGGUUGCAAGAAGGUGAAAUAUUGUAGUAAGGCUUGGACCAGGUAUCACAAACGUGAAUGUAAAAUCCUCAAAGAUCCGAGCCUUCCACCUCUGCCGAGUUCUGUACGAGCUGCACUGCAAUUGGCUUGUCUCAUGGAAAACGAUGCUGUAUCUGAGGAAGACAAGGCAGGUGUGCGUCGUCUCGAAGCUCAUAAUUCGUCUACAAUUGAACAGUUCAGAGAAGUCAUGCAGUAUGAAGUGACUGUUGCGGCGGCAAGAGAUCUCUUUGCCCGCAUCAGCCCUGAUGAUCACGAUGCACAAAAGAUACGCGACUACGUUGGAAAGGUUCUUCGUAACUCGUUGACACUCACUCUCCCCACUCUGGAACCCAUGGGCGUUGCUCUCGAUCCAGUCGUAUGCUCAGCAAAUCAUUCUUGCGAGCCGAACGCAAGUGUCCUGUUCGAUCAACCCAGACUUAUGAUGCGCUCCUUGUCGCCGAUCAAGAAAGGUCAAGAAGUCUUUAUCUCCUAUAUCGAUAACACAGAUCCCUUUUACCGAAGACAAGCUCAAUUGACGAUCCGCUACUGCUUUGAGUGUCAAUGCUCCAAAUGCCAAUCUGGCACUGACGGACGAGAAGACGACUGGGCACAGCCACUGGAGAACCUCGAGGCUAAAUGGGCUAGCCUUGCCGAACUCAUGGACAGCCACGAGGGUUACUCUUCUGUUCCAGCAAACUUCUUGGGUGAGAGUAAAGCCGAGUGGAACAUGUCAGUCAUACAAGGUGAUGUGUAUGCCUCAUACGAGCCGAUACACAAUCAAAGGACAACAAGCNUCGCCACGGAAGCGCUCGAGAAUGCCAUGCGAAUCUGCAAGCAAACGGGUAUGUGGCCCAUCACAAGACAGCCAUACGCAAACGUCCGCGUGGACAUCGCUUCUCGCUUGAUAGCCGAAAACUGCCUUGCUCUCGCAAUGUAUCAGAUGGCAAAGACGUACUUUCUCAUCGACCCUAUCUUGUAUCCGCAGGAACACCACCCUGUCAGAGUGGUACACACAUGGAACCUAGCCAAGGCGCUGGUACAGGCGUAUUCUUCGCCCCAAGACCUUCACGAAACCGUCGACCCGGGUGUGGAAGAGCUUUUCCGGAUGGGAUUUGAUUUUGUGGUUCCCAUCUGGAAACUUUUAAAGAAGCUUAGUGUGGAUGUGCUCAAGAGUCAUGGAGCGGGAAGUAACCUUACAUUUAUGGUACAUGCACUUACUCAACAAGUAAGAGAUGGAGUUGGCAUGCAGAAUCUGGUGGAGAUCGAAAGAGAUCCUUUGGGUGUGUGGGAGAAGUUCAAGGGUUGGGCACAUUACUUGGAG